AUGGACGAUGUACUUUGGACUCGAUUCACUCGUCUUGAUCACUUAGUUAUUGAAGAAAAUCUGAAUACUGUGUUCGAAUACAUCGCUACACGUCUUGAUUUAUCAUAUAUAACUAGCUUUUCUUAUAAUCGAUCGGAUAAUGAAACACCAAGCAAUGACUUUUUACGAGUACUUCAUAAUUUACCACAACUACGCUCACUUAGCUUACCUGUAUCGACUCUCCUCUUCCUUUUUUAUCGUAAAUGGCCUAAAAUUGUCAAUCUCAAUAUUAUGAGUAAUUAUCCAUUUCCAUCAGAACCAUUAAUAUCCGUCCAGAUCGAUUCAUUUUGGCGUUCGUUUAAUCGUUUGGAAACAAUGUCAUUUUGUCGUGAAACUAUUCAAGAUGUAGCACGAUUAUUCGAUAACAGAGCAACGACACUCUCAACUGUAAAGAUUCGUCACUUUCGUACUCUGAAUGAUGAUGAUCCCCGAUUGAUCACAUAUAACUGGCUUGAGAAGAACACAAAAUUACGUCAAUUCGACUAUUUUUGUAAUGAUGCACGAAUUGUUUUCAUAUGGAUCUAG